CCAGGGUGCUAGUGGUGUUACAGGUUAUUUCAGUGCGCACAUUGAGGGAAAAUCCCGAGAAACAGAAGACUCUCACGUCACAACAAGAGCAGGAAACAUACCCCAUCCUGCCUUGCCAUAACUGCAUCUAUUCCUUCAUGAAGUGAGAUCGUGGUGUAGCAACCAAGACUGUCCUCAAUGCCACACACCACACACCAUUCAGAGCAAUGGCUGCAGCAGAAGAAAAAUCACCAACACACCCCUGGCUCAAAGAUAAAGUACUUGGCACUGGCGGGUUUGGGACGGUGACUUUGUGGCGCCACAAUGAUACAGGGGAAACAAUUGCUCUGAAAAAGUGUCGGUGGGGCACUCCAGGUACUGGCACAGAAAAUAUUUUAACACCAAAACAUGUUGAACGUUGGGAAAAGGAAGUAGAGAUCAUGAAUCGUCUUGAUCAUCAAGCAGUUGUCAAAUGUUUCCAAGUGCUACCUGAACUAAUGGGUCCUCCUGGUGACCUGCCAAUGCUUUGUAUGGAGUACUGCAGUGGAGGCGAUCUUCGCAAGGUAUUAAACAAACCAGAAAACUGUUGUGGUCUGCGUGAAGCAGCUGUCCGGGCAUGUAUACGAGACAUAACAGAAGCAGUGGCAUACUUACACUCCAUGAGGAUAAUCCACAGAGACUUAAAGCCAGAGAAUAUUGUCCUCCAAGAUGUAGAUGGCAAGACAGUGCACAAACUUAUUGAUCUUGGUUAUGCUAAAGAAUUGGACCAAAGUAGUGUUUGUACAUCAUUCGUGGGCACCCUCCAGUACCUGGCUCCUGAGUUAUUCCUCAGCAAGAGAUAUACCUGCACAGUUGAUUACUGGAGCUUGGGUCUAGUGACUCAUGAGAUCAUCACAGGUAUCAGACCAUUUCUGCCAAAUAUGACUCCUGUUGAAUGGAUGAAGCGAGUUCGAACAAAACAGUCUCAUCAUGUGUGUGUAUACGAAAGCCGAAAUGGGGAAGUUCAGUUUUCCUCUCAUAUGUUUCCUGAAUCACACAUCUCCUCCCCUCUAAGAACACGGUUGGAGGAGUGGCUGCGAAUAAUGCUUGAGUGGGAACCUGCUCUACGAGGUCAAAUACAGGAUGAAGAUGGCAGCAAGCAAGUUGUUGCAUUUACCAUGAUAAAUGACAUUCUUAAUAAAAAGAUGAUCAAAGUGUUUGUUGUGGAUUUAUGUCGCCUUCUGGAGUAUGAGGUAUCAGAAACGACAUCUUUAUCUGAGGUUCAGCAGUGGGUAGCUCGAGACAGUGGUGUGGCAGUAGAGGACCAGCGGCCACUGCUUCCCCGCGGCCAACCUCCUGACACAACCCGCCCAGCCAUUCAAUGCUGGGCUCCACCUGAUGAAGAUGAAUGGCUGCUAUACAUCUUUGCAGAAGGCAUGACUAGACCACAGGUGCCACCCCACUUUCCCCCUCUGGUGGAAGCAAUGUUACGUGAGCCACGGGCAACUGUGGAUUACCAAACUCAGCGUAGAAUGUGGGCACAUGCCAUCUUCUUCCUUCAUCGUGAGGCUCGGAUCCUUACCCUCCUCACACAGGCUCAGAAAGUGUCCAUGCUUCAUCUAAUGUCUGGCCAUGCACAGCUGACAAAGACUGGCCAGAGAAUGCUCAGUGAUAUUGCAAAGUUGCAGGCACGCCAUCAUCUGUUCAUGGAGGCACUUAACACAGAUCUUGAUUACUAUGAAGAACAGGCAUCAUCAGGACGACUGACCUCGGAAAAACUGCAUAGUGGAUGGCGGGAGAUGGGUGAAGUGACACUAAGACAGGUGCACGCUAUGGUGGAACGAGUGCAGCAAUUGGAGGGCUCCCUCACUGCUCUUAAUACCCGUAUUUUAGAGCUCCAAUGCUCACCAUUUGCCCGGGCACGAGCUAAUGACUCCCUUGAUACUGUGCUUACAGCUGGAGAGGAACUCUACUGCAACAUGCGUCGCCGUAGUAAAGAACAGCGGGCAACACCACAUGACAACACAGAUAUGUGUAAGCUUCUGCUUCAGGCACUGAGAAAAAGAGACAGACUGCAGCAGGACUUGUACAAACAUGUGGAAAAACAAAGUGACUGUUGCAGUGAAGUAGCAGCACUCUCAUCUCCUCUAGAAACAGUGUUGCAGGAUGCUGCAAGAACAGCACAGCAUAUAUCAUCUCUUCAAAAGCAACGUCAGAAGGAUAUAUGGAAGAUCAUGGAAAUUGCUAUCAACCACAGUCGCAAUGCUGCCACUACUGGUUUACCUCAACCCACCAUACAACCUAUUCCUAAUGUGAAAAAUUUGCCAAAGAAGCCACCGUUACCUGCAGCUCUUGUCUCUCUCACUUCAUUGCUUGAGAAAUCGGGAAAGGAAUCUAAUGCCAUAAUUGCAGAGAACCGUGCCUUGCGUUGUCAGAUGGUUGAAAUGUUGACUGGAAAUGUCAACUCCAAUCUUGUGGUUGGUGGCAGCAAGUCAUCAAGUCAUACAGCUUCCCCAGUCUUGGUAGAUGGUCUUCAACUUCCUCCAAGUCCCAUUGACAUGCAUCGUACACCAACUCCAAUCUCUUCAGCAUCACCGAAAAAGGCAGUUGAAACCUCUUUGUAGCAUUUAGUGAAUAAUAAAUCAAAGUUUAAAAUUUUAAAAUAUUUAUAUUAAAUAUACAGUAGAAAGUCGAUAUAACGCAAGAUAUGUUCCAAGAGGAAGUCGCUUGAAACCAAAUUCGCACUAAAUCAAGGUGUUGUUUCACUGGAAUAAUUUAGUUUGGUACUUAAGAGAAACACAAAAUACUAAAAAGACUGAGAGUCUACCCAGAUGCACCCCAGUCCAUCUCUUAGAAUAAACCAAACAUUGUUAAAACAAACACUCAUAAAUCAACACAGCUAAAAUUAAGGGAUGCAAAAUGGUUUGUUUACUGGCUGGGAAGAUGGGGGGGAAGAGGUGAGGUGAUAUGUUUGACAGUUGAUGCCA